UUUAGAUUUAGAGCUAGACGCUCGGUUGUCCACUGCAGACUGGAGGAGCCUACUGCUUUCUGCAGUAGCGUUCAAUUCAGACCCAUUUCUACCCGUCACAACCAAAGGAAUGGAGAUCAAGUCGAAUGCUGUUAUAUCUGCGGGGUCUCCAAACCCAGCUGUAUCAGUCAUUCCGCCUGGUUGUGCACUUGGUGCGCCGAAGUUCCCUGCGCGCUCUUCUAAAAUCUUACUCGCAUACAAAAGCGCCACGCAGCAUCUGAACGCGACAGGAUUCCGAGUCACUACCAUCUCCAAAGCUGGAAUGGGGAUAGUCAAACUGGCCACGACUCAGCUAAAACACCAGGACAAGAAAGUGAGAGUGGGGAGGACAUCUGGCGCCGGCAACCGCCGUCCGUCAGUGGACAGCAGCACGUCUAAGAGAUCCCCUUUGGACCAGCUUGCUGCGCUCAUGCUGCACGGUCAAGCUCGGUUUCGGCAACUCAGUCAGGAGUCUCCGUGCGACACAAAACCGCAGAACUGCCGGCGCGUCGUGGUGCUGGGCGCACCGAGAGUCGGAAAAACGUCCAUCCUGCGGCGUUUCCUGCGAGACGGCUUCGAGGAGCAGUAUGAGCCCACGUCCGAAGACUUUCACCGGAAACUGUACCACAUCCGCGGAGAGACGUACCAAAUAGAGAUCCUGGACGCGUCUGGUGAGAGAGACUUCCCGGCAAAGCGCAGGCUCUCUAUUCUUACUGGUGACAUUUUCCUACUUGUCUUCAGUCUGGAUGACCGUAGCUCAUUCGAAGAGGUGUGCGCGCUGUGGUCUGAGAUAACGACAGCCAAAUCCGCAUUGCUUAAAUCCAAAGGGAAAGCCAACGUGCCCACGGUGGUCUGUGCAAACAAAGUGGACUUGCCGACCGAGCAACACGCCGUGUCGCGAAUGGAAGUGCAUAGUGCCUUCGCGGACGGCUGCGCGUUUUUCGAGACCUCUGCCAAAGACAGUGUGAACCUAGAGCAGGUAUUCGAAGCUCUGGCGAAGCGAGGCGGACUGCCUCUUGAAACCGGCCCCUCGCAGCAUCGCAAGGUGUCCAUCCGGUCGUACCAGGCGCUGCGCGCGGCUCGUCAGGUCGGCAGAGGGGGCAAGGCAGACAUCGCGUGCGGCGUUCUCUAUCCUCUUGCUCGUAGACCGAGUUUCAGCACGGACCUCCGGCUGGUCCUUGCCUCUCAAUCCAACAGAAAGCCGAGCAAACCGAAUAAAAAAUGUAAAAUUCAGUGAGUCAUGGAAGAGGCAGAGUUUUUCUCCAUAUGAUUUUGGAGCAAAGGACAAGCUAACUGACAUUAAGUUUGCAUUUAUUUAAAUGUAAAUGUUGUGCAUUUAUCAACUAGUACUUCCCUGUAGAGUUUUAAAUAAUUUUAUUUACUGUAAGCUUUGUUGUUAAAGUGUAACAGUAUUUGUGGAAAUGCCAGCAAUGUAUUUUAAAAAAACUAUAUUAGCACUCUAUG